UUUUUUUUCCUCAGCCUUGAUGAUAUCUUAAGCAUGCUAUACAUGAAAGUAAAACAGCAUGAGCAAAUUGAAAUUAGAGUAAACAGGCAGGAUCUUUCGCUGGAUGGCAUCAGGCAGCUACGACGGAAAAAAAGUUUGUUGGGCCUCUUGAGAGUGCAGUUCUUUGGAGAGUCAGGGAUAGACACUGGUGGGCUUCGAAAGGAAUUUUUAUCUGGUAAGAUAUCAGGCUCUAGGCCAGGAUCUGAAAUGUGGGUAUCCAAAACUUUAGGGAGGGUGCCACCCCCCUACAAUCUUUUGAUAAACUGUAUAGACACUUUUAUCAAAUAGGCUACCUGAAAGUCCUUUCUACCUUUUUCAACACUAAUGAUCUACUAAUAAUAAUGUACUGCUCCAGAUUGAAUUGGAAGUGACUGGCUGAAAGUAGUUUUGCAUGAACAGCGUUAUUGUAAUCAUAUGUGCAAAUUUAUCAUUACUGGUAUUGGCAUUGACAGUGACAGGCCAGUGAAGGUUGUUUUCUGAUCAGUGUGUCAUCCUGGAAAACUCCUUAUGAAUGGCUGCGACUCAGUUAUUGUAAAGAUACAAAUGGGACAGAAAAAAUUAUAUUACUUUCCCCAUAAAAAUUAAUAUCAGGCAUGCACAUCUAUGUGUACUGUAAAUAUGUUCACUUUUUAAGGAUACAACUACCAUGAUUUGAAAUCUAUUCCCUUCAGAUCUUUUUUAACAUAAUUUGUUUCCUGUAGCAUUUAUAACUGCAAUUCAGACCAACUUAUUCGAGGGCACUGAACUUAGUGGUCUGUCACCUGGACCCCAUGUUGAGGCUGUAGAGAAUGGCUCCUUCAAAGUUGUUGGGCAAGUUAUGGUAAUGUCAGUUCUCCAGGAGGGUCCACCACCUGCCUUUUUAGCCAACUGGGUAUACCGCUAUCUGUGUACUCCUGAUGUCACAGCCAUACCACUAAUAGAUGAUGACAUUGUUAAUCCAGACAUCAGGACUUUAGUGAAAAGGGUAAUAAUAUUUCUUGUAAUAGCUGAACAAAAAAGUUGCACAUUUGUGUGGGCAGAAUUGAUUUGAAUUGUUCAUAUGAAUAAGGAUAGCAACAAUUAUUGUUAUAUGCCUUUAUAUAGCCUUAUGAUUUUACAAAAGAAACUCCAAGCAAGACUUUCAAAAUUCAUGCUAAAGAUCUGCUGCAUGUAAAAGUUGAUGGCAGUACUUAACCUUUUUCCCGAACUCACACUAACGGAUGACAUUUGCAGCCAUUUUCAUGUUAAGAAAGAGCAGAAUAAGAUACUCAAAGUAUGCAAUAGAUACAUUUAUAAGAACUUGACAAACUUAAGACUUUUAAGGAGGCUCACAACAUUUUUCAGCACAUUCUGGCUCUCAUACGUUGAUGGGUUAGUGCUAUAAUAAUAAACAUUAACUAGUCACUGGUACAAAAAUGGUAUCAAAUAAAACCCCAAUCAUUGAUAAACAUAUAGUGGUUAUUUUCUAGACAUCAACAGUAACCAUGGCAACGGUAUAACCCAUUAAAAACACCCUUAAUUUUAGCUUUAAGUGUUUAUAACUUAAAAACGAGUCCGGUGACCCCCAUUUGUACUAUUGAAUAACGAUCAGCAUGUUAAGGUACAACUUUUUGCAAAAUUAAAAAAAUUUCUCCGGAGCAGUUUAAACUGGUGACGUCAAGAAAAUAACCACAAUUUGUUUAUCAAUGAUUGGGCAUUUGUUUGAUACCAUUUUUGUUGUGGUAACUGAUAAAUGUUUGUAGCACUGACCCAUCAAAGUGUAAGAGCUAGAAAGUACUGAAAACUGUUUUGAACCCCCUUAAAGAUUCAACCAAUUCUGAAAAUGAUAUGUCACCAGGUAAAAGAAGUGAACAGUAAAGAAGAACUGCAAGCCAUUUUCCAAAAUAAUGCAGACAUGGAUGUUUUAAUGAAUACUGGCUUUACAUCCACAAUUUCCUUGGAGAAAAAAGACACUAUUGUAAGGUACAAUGUACAGACCAGUACAGUAUCCCAAGAUAUGUUUUACCGUGGUCUUUUUUAGAGCUGUUUCCUUUUGUGUCCUUUGUCAGCUAUUAUUUACUGUGGCUAAAUUUUAUGAUUCUCCCAAACUUUCAAUAAAAUAACUCCAAUUUUUGCAUGGAUUAAUCAAAAUACAGAACAUUUUGUCUGUGUGUUAACUUAUGGGAUCAAAAACAACAUGCAGCCAUUGAGGGGAAUCCUGGACAGCAAUGGAUAGGUUGUUAUGAUUACAUACUUUAAGUCAAUAAUAUGACAUGUGAAGGUAAGUACUGAUUAUCUAGCAGUACUUAGUGAUUAUCUAGCUGUAAGAAAUAACUAUAUGUAGGGAUGACAUUUUUUUCUGUUUUCAGGGUUAUAACACUUCAAAACACAAUUAUGAGGAUGAAAGCUGAACUAGACCAGAUGAGGGAGGGACUUAAGCUGCACGGGUGCCUGGCCAUGAUGGAAGAACACCCAUCACUCAUGGAGAAACUCUUUGUGCCAGGAGAGGAUUAUAAUGCAAGAGUUUUCUGGAUAAUAUGUGCCUUAUUGUUUAUCAUCUUUUUCAACUUUUCCUACAUCCCCGCCUUGAUCCCUUCCUUUCAUUAUUUCUGCUGUGUUUGUUUCUCUCUAAGAUGAGAGAAUUUUGCCAUAACAGACAAGCAUUUCAGUUUACUGAUGUGCAAGUAUUUGGUUAAAAUGAGUCACGAUGUAUAAUUUUGUGUUAAAAUUGUGAUAAUUUCUAUAUAACAGUGCAUGCUGAUUGAUUUCUCAACUGAAUCCCCAAAGUUAAUGGACUGACUAAACGGUUUGGUUUGUAUGCAGGUGACAUCUACACUUUUGAUGAACUCAUUAACAGCUGAAUACUCAGAGUCAGGAUCAACAAAGAGACUACAGGAAACAGCUGUAAUGGCUUAUUUCAAUCGAUAUGUUGAAGAAAGAGAAGACAGCUGUGAGUAUCAUGUAUCAGCCAAUUUAAACCAGAACUGAUAGGUCUAGUAUAAAUUGGUACUAAUAGCUUUUGUAUAUUUCAUCUUAUUACACAGUGAGUGAUUCUACCAGCAGCGUUGGGAGUGUGAAAGAUGUUUUUCAGUUUCUUACUGGGAAAACCACAAGGCCAUUUUUACCUGCAGAGAAGAACAGUUUUGGCAUAACAGUAAAGUUUAUUCAUUGCAGCAAUGACCACCAAAUUUGCUUCCCCACCAUUUCUACUUGUGCUCUUUGGAUACAGUUACCUGUUGCUCAUAUGACCACUUUCAGUGAUUUUAAAUUUAACAUGGAUACUGCAAUAACACAUGAAAAGACCUUUGGAAGAGCUUAA